AUUCAGGCUCUGGCUGCUGUCUUCUUGUCUUUCACUCUGCUCCCAACAACCGCGCUGCUGCUCUUAACUCCCUCAGCUCCUGAAGGGUCUUCUUUUAUUCUGUUCUCGUGCCCUUGUCUACUUUCCAAGAAGCCUUUUGGUUGUUGUACCGUCCUCGAUCCGCCUGACCUCCAGCUGUCUUUGCUGGUCGCCCCUUAUUAUCAUGGCCCCCGUCAACGAGACCGCUUCGCCCAUUGGCAUUGCCAACCUCCCAAACCAGCGACACAAGAUUGUUGCUAAGCGGGGAGCAGCUUUUACUAUUAUGGUUGCUGGAGAAUCUGGGCUAGGAAAGACCACGUUCAUCAACACUCUGUUUUCCACCACCAUCAAAAACUAUGCCGACCACAAACGACGACACCAGAAGCAGGUCGAUCGUACUGUCGAGAUCGAAAUCACUAAGGCAGAAUUGGAGGAGAAGUUCUUCAAAGUUCGCUUGACUGUUAUUGAUACCCCUGGAUUUGGUGACUAUGUCAACAACCGCGAUUCCUGGCAACCGAUCAUCGAGUUUCUCGACGACCAGCACGAGUCGUACAUGUUGCAGGAGCAGCAGCCUCGGCGUACAGACAAGAUCGAUAUGCGUGUACACGCCUGCUUGUAUUUCAUCCGCCCAACCGGACACACCCUGAAGCCGCUGGAUAUUGAGGUUAUGAAGCGCCUGAGCUCUCGUGUCAACCUCAUUCCCGUCAUUGCCAAGGCCGAUACUCUUAGCCCCGCUGAUCUCUCUCGUUUUAAGCAAAGGAUUCAAGCGGUUAUUGAAGCCCAGGGCAUCAAAAUUUACACACCUCCCAUUGAAGAGGACGACGAGACUGCCGCCGCUCACGCUCGCAGCCUGAUGGCGGCCAUGCCGUUUGCCGUGAUCGGUUCCGAGAAAGAUGUGAAGACGAACGAUGGCCGCGUAGUCAAGGGUCGCCAAUAUGCUUGGGGUGUUGCCGAAGUCGAGGAUGAGGAGCACUGCGACUUCAAGAAGUUGCGCUCAAUUCUGAUCCGUACUCACAUGCUCGACCUUAUCCACACAACCGAGGAGCAGCACUACGAAGCAUACCGUGCCCAACAAAUGGAGACCCGGAAAUUCGGCGAGGCUCGGCCCAGGAAACUCGACAACCCCAAGUUCAAGGAAGAGGAAGAGAACCUGCGCAAGCGCUUCACCGAUCAAGUCAAGCUGGAGGAGUCACGGUUCCGACAGUGGGAGCAGAAGCUUAUUGCGGAGCGAGAUCGCCUCAACAAGGAUCUGGAGGCUACCCAUGCUGCCAUCAAAGCUCUCGAGAGCGAGAUCGAAAGCCUGCAAGGCUCAUCGACUCGUAGCCACGGCCGUCGCUGAACAAUAUUCUAUACCACUGAAAGCAGGUGGUAGUGGCCGUUUUACGUACGGUAGAAAAAGCAGGAGUGUGCAUUCAUCUCUACUAAUAUCUUUUUACUCUCGACUACCCCUUGACGGUUUCUUUUUCUUCCUAUCAGUGUUCAUCAUUUGACACUCCGUGAUAUUUGCGGAUAGUGUUCUUUACUCAAGCUCACCACAAAUGUCGGCUUACCCAGCCCCAUCCAGCUUGUCCUGUUUUCUGAAUUUGCUUGCUAGUCGCUAGCGAUGGUUUGUCUAUGUCUUGAUAAUAGCCCUCUUGUAUCCGGCAUCUCAAUAACUACAGAUUUAAUUGUG